AUUUGUUCUCCCGACCCUUGGAAACCCGCGUCUUCUAAAUUUCCACCCCCAUACGAUCGCCUAAAGUAUAAAAUUCCCCGCCCGCACCAAGAAACCUCCCCAAAACCAACCCACCGCUCUUCCAAUUUCAAGAAAGGAAAAACAGAAGAAAUCGGGGAUUGAUUGAACGGGGAUAGGUGAGAUGACGCGGGCGUCCAAGAGAAAGUCUGAUAAUCCGACUGCUGGACCGAUGAAGAUAGGCCGCCGGGAUGGUGUUCGUUCUGCAUCAAGUAAAGCUACAACCAAGAUGCAAGAACGCAUUGAUGAACUUUACUUCAAAUAUUGCAACAAAUCGUUAGGCACGAUUGACCCAGAUGGGAUUGAAGUACUAUGUUCUGAUCUAAAGGUGGAGCACACUGAUGUGAGGAUUUUGAUGCUUGCAUGGAAAAUGGAUGCGCGAAGGCAGGGAUAUUUUACUCAGGAUGAGUGGCAAAAAGGCUUAAAAGCUCUUCGAGUUGAUACAAUCGAUAAACUAAGGAAGGCACUGCCAGUAUUGGAGAGAGAGGUCUUGUGUCCAGAGAAUUUUGAAGGAUUUUAUAAAUAUGCAUUCCAGUACUGCCUCACAGAAGAAAAACAGAAGUGUUUGGACAUCGAAAGCACCUGCCUAUUACUAAAUUUGGUUUUAGGGUGCAUGUAUCAACAUCAAGUUGAUUCAUUCACUGAAUUUCUUAAGUCCCAGAAGGACUACAAGGUAAUUAACAUGGAUCAGUGGACAAACUUUCUUCGGUUUUGCCAAGAGAUAAGCUUUCCAGACCUGCGGGAUUAUGACACUUCUGAAGCUUGGCCUUUGCUUCUUGAUAAUUUUGUUGACUGGAUGAAAGAAAACGAAGCUACAGUGACCCCUGCAUGAUUAUGGACUUCAUUCUUUACAAGGUCAGCAUGCGGCUCACAUUUCAAAAAGUUUGGAGACUCCCUGUUAGCUGCAAAGUGUCCCCAAAAAUCCUUAAAUGCUGAACAGGUUUUGAGAGCUCUGCACUAAUUUUUCAAACGCAUCCAAUGGCAUUCUUUCGGAACUGUUAAAGAGUAGAGUUUUUGCUUCCCUUAUGGGCUUCUUAUUUUUCUUUUAUUUGACAAAGGAUAUUGGUCUGGCAUUGUAUCAUGAGAUAAAAGGAGAAAUGUGAAAAGUGGAAGCUGGACAUUUACCUUAUAUUCUGUGAGAUGAUGUUAGUUUAAAAUGAAUUUGCAGAAUUUACAUAUGAAUAUGCCAUUUUGGAAAUUUUUUGGCACAAAUGCCUUGUUUUUU